AUGGACGACAAACACUUCGCCCCCAUAACGGGCGCGACCCAGCAAACAGUAGAGGCGGUCAACGGUACAGCACCCCCUGCCAGUGAACAAACGGUUGCCAAUACAUCGAAGCCCGCACGCGAUACUUCAAUACCCCCAACGAAGAAAUUACUACCAAAGCGGACUCCCUCUGCCGCGAGUUCACCCAACCCGUCGAGAGAGUCAUCCCCCAACCGGCCAUCACUUAAAACUAGCACCUCUGCCCGUUCAACCACCGGUCCAGGCCGGUCGAGAAAGAACAGCACCCAAGACCUCAGUCCAUCUCGCUCGGCCAGCACGAACACAAACCCACCCUCUGCUGCAGCCCAACAAAGAGCAUUAUCUGCAGCCUCCAUUCCGACCCUUCAUCCUGCCUCCUCGGACACCACAAUCAAGGCACCCGUACCACAGAAACCCUCCGUCACCUCCGAUAUCAAAGAGACUCCUCGCUGGCCGGUAUCUCCAAGACUACGCUCCCCUCCUCCCGUCAACAGACCAUCUAUCAUCAGUCCCCGCAAGACCGACCAAGAGUUUCAUGGAAUCAAUGUACAUCGAAUACCACAUUCAGCAGAACAGCAGGAAGGAAAGGCUGCGACGGACAGUGACGCAGAAGACACGUUAUCAGUACCGGGUAUGAGAACACCGGCGAGAGGGGCAAGCGGGGGAAGUUCUACACUGGAAACUGUGCAAGAGAUUAGUCAACCAAACACCCCGGGGAAUUCCCUCGAUGGCGCACUGGAGAGGGUGGUAAAUGGAACGUCGACGUUAACAGAAGAGAAUUCUGUGGAACAUGCCGGCAUGACACUCAAGUCAAAACCUAGCCUCCUUGCCAAUGAGAGUGGCAGUGAGAGUGGAGGAAAGGGGGAGAUCAAAAUGAGAUCUACUUCAGUGGCCCCGCCUCCUGUUGUACGGCCUAGUGGUCCUGCCUCCAAGCCUUUCAGUGCCGGUGUGGGGAGGGGGAAGCCGUCUGGCGAGGGAUCCAGCAGGAAUAUGACAGUCGAAACAGAGACCGUCAGUUCAAUACCGCAAGUUGCUGUUGGAGGGCCGGCUGGAGGAAGCAAUGGCAGUAUUCGCGCCAAACCGAGUUCGGAAACCAUUCGACCAAAGAAAGAAAAGAAGAAGACUGCUCGCAAAGCCCCAUCAGUCACUUCAGGCACGGGUGAGCUACCGAAUUCAUCAAAGCCCCGAGUCCGUCAUCAUCACCACCACCACCACUCGGUCAGAGUAGAUAUCUCAGAUCUAUCUGCUCCUUGGCCAGCUGAAUUGGCAAACGGUCAAGGGUCGUUUUCGCCUACGGAGAGCAGCAGUGCAACAAGCCCUGAGCGUCCAGCGACUCUAGGGUCUCGUAGACCAAGCUUUUCUUUUCAUGGUGUCAGUUAUAUGCUAACAGGGGGUGUUGCAGCGUCCACAAAAGCGGAUAUCUUUGAGGCCAAAGUCGCCAGCGCCGUUGAUGAAGCCAAUUCUUCUGACUCGGAAGAGACUUUUGUCUACGAAUCGAAUCCUCCAGACGCUAACGACCGACCUCGACGCUUCCACUCACGUACCCCAAGCGCAACAUCGAUGGCGAGUCAAGUUGAUCAACGGAAUGGUGUACGGGCAUUCAUGGAUGGUCAGCAUAGCGUCGCCAUGAAGAAGAGCAUGAAGUUCGCAAACUCAUACAACAGUACUGGAGCCGACUCGACAACCGGGGAUGAUGACGGGAAAGGUACAGCAAGAAGUAACAUGGGCACGGGGAGAGGCACGACACAUCACCAUCACAUCGGUGGCCGAUGGGGCCGCAACGGCGGCAAUGGCCACCCCUCACUCUUUGAUAACGAAUCUCCUUUUGCAAAUGCAACCAAGCCGAAAGUGGCAGCAAAUACCCCUAGAUAUGCGGGGCGGCCCGAGAGUCCCAGAGUAGGGAAUGUGAGGAUGGCGGGUAAUGGGAAGAAGUCACAAAUCUCGUCUGGGUAUGAUCUCGAUGACGGAGCAGAUGACGAGCGUACUCCCCUCAUGUCGACCGUUCGAUCGAGCAGGUCAAACCGGAGUCGACGACCACUCGUAUCUUCGAUGCGACAACUCGAGCACCAAGCAUCGCGACAUAAUCGCUCGUUCCUGGCUCGGUUUGCAGGGUGUUUGGUUGUAUCUGUCAUGAUAAUCUUCGUCAUUUCUGGGGCAAUCGCAUUUGUAUUCGCUACAACGCAACCUCUCGAGGAUGUGGAGGUUCUAGCACUCAAGAAUGUCCUUGCAAGUGAGCAGGAUGUCAUCCUGGACAUGAAGGUACAAGCACGAAAUCCAAAUUUGGUAGGCGUCACCAUCGACUCGACAGAUCUGGUCGUCUUUGCCAAGUCGAAAUACGCAGGGACGGAUUCAGAGUGGUGGCAGCAUCCUCAUAAUGGAGACAUGAAGUGGGGGAUGAGAAAACGAGACGACGAUCCUAUGGAUCCCCCACAAGGCGAUGAUCCAAACACAAAUCUAAACUUGGAGAUUGGAUAUGUCUACGAGUUUGAUAGUCCUCUGACCUUCGACGGCUCACCAUUCUCACACGAACUGACCUCUUCGUUGGGGCAAAUCCGCGUCACCCACCCUGGCAACAAGACCGUUCCAGCCGGAAGCGAGCGCUGGGGACGAGUCCUACAGCACGAGUUCGAACUUAUUGUGCGAGGCACACUGAAAUACACACUUCCCUUGAGUCAGAGGCUUAGAAGUAUCAGCGUCAAAGGCCAAGUUACGGUUCAACCUAAUGCAGCGGAUCAGGACCCGGACACUGUGCAUAUAAUCAUCUGA